CCUCCCCGGUCCACAUUGGCUCAGUGUUUUGGAGCCUAACCUGUAGAUCGAUGCACCGCUGUGAAAAGCAUGAAAAGUGGGAUCCAGCAGUUCAGAGGACGAGUGAGAGGAAGGUGCGCACCAACGAGCUGAACCCUCAGGGCUGUCAAUAGGGAACCAUGUGCAGCUCCCUGAGCCCCAAACAGCCCAGUGGCCCCGGCCUCACAGACAUGCAGCAGUACCACCAGUGGCUGGCCAGUCGACAUGAAGCCAGCCUGCUGCCCAUGAAGGAGGACCUGGCCCUGUGGCUCACUAACAUUCUCGGUCUGGAAAUCACCGCUGAGAGCUUCAUGGAUCGCUUAGACAAUGGUUUCCUGUUGUGCCAGCUGGCUGAGACGCUACAGGAGAAGUUCAGGCAAAGUAAUGGAGACCUGUCUGCCAUUGGCAACAGCAAGCAGCGUAUUCCCAAUCGGAGGAUACCAUGUCGGCAGAGCGCCCCCUCCGGCUCUUUCUUUGCACGGGACAACACAGCUAACUUCCUGGCCUGGUGUCGCGAGGUUGGAGUUGGAGAGACAUGUCUGUUUGAGUCUGAGGAUUUAGUUCUUCACAAGCAGCCACGCGAAGUGUGCCUCUGUCUUUUAGAGUUGGGACGGAUAGCAUCACGGUACAAUGUGGAGCCUCCUGGCCUUAUAAAACUGGAGAAAGAGAUUGAACAAGAAGAGAAAGCACCUCUACCUCCUCCAUUACCUGUAUCUCCAGCUCAGCCCCUCCCAGCAUCUCCUGCGUCAUCUCCUUCCCCGUCUCCUUCCCCGUCCCCGACUCCUCCCAAAGUGACUUCCAGCAAGAAAAGUACAGGGAAGCUGUUGGAUGAUGCUGUAAGACAUAUCGCUGAUGAUCCGCCCUGCAGGUGUCCAAAUAAAUUCUGUGUGGAGAGACAGUCGCAGGGUCGAUACCGUGUUGGGGAGAAGAUGCUCUUUAUCCGAAUGCUGCACAACAAGCACGUGAUGGUGCGCGUUGGUGGAGGUUGGGAGACCUUUGAGAGCUACCUGCUGAAACACGACCCAUGCCGCAUGCUCCAAAUCUCCCGGGUGGAGGGCAAGACGUCCCCUGUCAGCGGCAAGUCCCCGAACAUCAAGGACCUCACCCCUGACAGCUACCUGGUGGUGGCAGCUCACUACCGCAGCAAAAAGUGAAACUGAAAAGUGCCAUUAACAGAAGGACACAGAGGAGGACUUCUUUCUGUUGUUUCCUCCAUAAUGGACAUGGCUAUCUAACAUAUGCCUGAUUUUAUAAAUAACACAGCUACAGACACAACAGCAUUCAUGGAAAGCUCACUUGUGUAAUAGUGAUGCUUGGCUUUGUUUUCUCAGACAAAGAGAAUUCAAUCAGAUGGAUGUUUUUGAUCAGAUGAAGUCUGGAGUCACACAAGUAGGCCCUUAACAUUGGCUGCGGUUGUGUUUUAUCUAGUUUUGCAGAACUGCAAAAUGAAAGCUUUGAAAAAAUGUGUUAAUCAUGACAAUAUAAUGAAUUAACUGGGUACCAGUGGAGCUGUACAUUGUAUUUGUAUUUUAAGCAAUAUACAGUAUCACUUUGAGUAGGUAGAAUGUUUUCAGUUUUUUGUAAGUGGUGGAGGUUCCAGGACCUUCAGGAAGUCUGUAGCCCUUGGCAACCUGGAGUGGAUUCCUUGAUUUGUUGGCAGACAGAAUUUUUUUACACUAUACAUUUUACACUAAGACAUUGUAUUGUUUUUCCUGUUUUUUUGUGUUUGUUUUUUAUAAUUGAUUGUAAUUUGGCUGAUAUUGCUAUCCUAAAUUCUUUACAGUAGGACACCACACUCAAGCUUCAAAUUGAACUUUAACUGUGGCAUUACAAGUGAAACAAAUAUUAACACAUCAGUCCACUGUAUAGUAUUACUGUAAAAACUACCACAUCUCUCCUAGAAACCAAACAUUGUGCAUAAAAUGUAAUGGCUUUUUCUUUAUAAUCUAUUUCUUAUCAGGCUAACAACAUGACGCAAUGCUUAGAUUGUUUACAUAUUGAAUAACAAUUCUAUGCAAUGCAUUUUUAUACCAUUGUAUAUUUUUUUUAAUGAUUAUUAGCUCCUGUUUUAUAGCAUUUCUUUUAUAAGAAUGGGGACAAUCGCUUGGACAAGAUGCAGUGUGUAGUUAAAUAGAACCUCAUUGAUAAUAAUACAGUAGCCAUAAUCAUCUAUGGUUCUGCAAUUCUUUUAUGUUAUACAUUACUGGCCUCUAGAGGCAGUGCAAUCAUUGAAAUCUGAGGAGUUAUGUUUAAGAUUAGCUUUAGAUUUUUGCAGUUAAGAGACAUAAUUCACAACAUUAUCGUCCAAUGUGUUCAUUUCUCCAACGUCCUCCUUGGAAAAUGAAUGUGGGACUGUUAUGAGAUCAGUGGCUAUGCAAUGUAACCCAUAAGCCUGUAUGUGCGGUAAGUCCAAUGUCUGUUUUUAGAUGUAAAAUUUCAAUAAAUUCUUAA